UUUAUUUAUUGACGAACAUGGCAAGUAGGGUAGGGUACGGUAUCCGAAAUCCGAAUCCGAUUCCGAUCAAGAAAUUGUUGACAUUUCCAUGGUUGACAUUUGACAACAUUGAAAAUGUUGGAAAUUGAAAUGCCAGGGGACCCCGGAGUUCAGACAUCACAGAACGCCUAAGACGCAUGAUCAAAAAGGCCCUACACAACCCGCGAACUGACACCAGCGACCGAAUAUCGAUUAUAAAAUAGGACAAAAGUUCUCUAACGUUAAACAUGAACUUAAUGUUUUUUCUUUGAGUUUGGUUACUGAAAAAGAGCAUAAUGUUCGCUGAGGCUGUGUUGUGUUUAUCUACUUUACAUUUAUAUAGUGUUGCGGCCCAAGGAGAAUGUACUGACUUGCGAGGCAGAGUAAUAUCUCAUGGGUUGCAUUACGUUCCGGGACCAGACACUUGCACACUUUGUAUUUGCGAUAAUGGAUUGCCGAAAUUCUGCAAAGCCGUGUUAUGCUCCCCACCUCAGGACUGCCGUUCCUUCCGCGUGGGCAACACCUGUUGCGAGUUUAUAUGCUUGGACGAUGUGGUGAAGCCCGCGGAGACGGCGGAGGCUAAUUUCCGCGUGGCGGCUGGCGGUGCGGCAGCGGUGGUGCUGCUGACGGUCGCGCUGGUGGUGUACCGGGUGCGGCGCCAGAAGCGACGGCGACCGCCGCACGCUGACGACCAGAGAAGCUUGACUAGCAUUGGGUACAUAAGCGGCAGUAUGGGCUACAUGGGCAGCACUUGUGAGACAGCGGUGGGGGCGUGGAAGCCCCAAAGUAACUACUUACCGCGGGGCGAAGCGCCGCCACCAUACGACGAGGCCGUUGCGCAGUGCCGACAGGAUCCUAUGAGAGGUAACGAGCCCACGUACCACCGCACGUACCCCGCCACGGUGGAUAACUUGACGCGACCUGACGAUACCAUGCAAUGCACCGGACAUGGAUACGCCAACAUACCACGCCCUGUGCAACAGAUGGCGAACUCUCAGAAUUGUUACAACGCGCCGCUACUACAGCCAGUACUCGCGCCCGAGAACAGGGAGCCCAAUCCAAUGGCCCACCAUCCGCUGGCGCCCAACAUGAUGGGUUUCCCGAGUGCGAUCCGACUGACGGGCUCGUUGGGCGCCAUCAGCAACCGCGGACUACUUUCUGUACUGCAGCGGGACGUGCGGGAUGUACGGGACGUGCGGGAUGUGCGGGAUGUGCGCGAUGUACGGGACGUGAGAGAUGUGCGGGACGUGCGAGACGUGCGAGACGUCCGAGAUGUGCGAGAUACUCGCGAGCGUGAGCGUGAACGCGAGCCCGAACACGAGCGGCCGCACAACGUGCCCGGCUUCUACACAAACGCCAAUAAUCUGCACGCAUCUCUACACCGCACAAUCCCACGUAUAUCGGCGGCGGUGGACAGCCCCCUACUAGACGGCGCGCUGAGCGGUUUGGGCGGGCUGGGCGGCAUGGGCGGGCUGGGCGGCCUGGGCUUCACCCGCGCCGAGCGGUCGCUGCAGGGAGAGAUCCGCCGCUCCUUCCACCGGCCCGGCGACGCAAGGCACGACACCGGCCGCUCCAUCCCGCGCAACCUCAACAUCGCCUCGGUCACUGACGCCGCCGAUCUUACCGCCUUUGAUGUCGAUGACAGAUCAAACGUUCGUCUGACAAGCGGCGGGCGAUCCCGGGCACACAGCGAGGAGCAGAAUGUGGGCGGCGCGGACGGCUGUGGCACGGGCUCAGCCGCAGGCUCUGGGGUUAGUGCGGGCGUGGGUCCAGGGCCGGUGGGGGCAGUGGCAGCAGUGGGCACCAAACCCCCCGCGCCGCCGCCCGCCGAUCCGCCGCUCUCCGCGCCACCAACCACGCUGCCGCUCACCGUCGAUAAGCCGUCGUGCGUGUGCAGCUACGAGGCGAGCGCUCCAGGGGGGGGAGGGCGGCGAGGGGGCCGAGGGGAGGACGGCGAUGACUACCGCAGCGAGUGCGAGAACUGCAAGUCCGCCGGCAGCUCCAGGUGGGUGUUGUCGGAGGGGUGGGAGGGGUGCGCGACGCAGACGCUGCAGCGCCGCGCGCCCGCGCCCGCCACUAUUCUGGGAAUCCAUCUACAAUUAUUAUGUACAUUGUUGCAGGGUGGUUACCCGGCGAAGUUAAAGAAGGUGCUAAUAGUGACGGCGCCGCUGUGGUUCAAGGCGCCGUUCCGCAUCCUGCGGCUGUUCGUGCGCGAGAAGCUGCGCGAGCGCGUGCACACGGUGAGCGCGCCGCAGCUCGGCGUGCACGUGCCGCGCGCCAACCUACCCCGGCAGCUCGGCGGCACGCACGACACCGACCACACUGCCUGGUUGGAACAUUGCAGAAACUGCUACACGAAUAACAUACAGAACUCUAAAUUAGACGGAGUCAUCGAUGAAUAUGUAAUCAGCAAUCACAUACCCCCGGUCAAACCCCAAAAUGGUAUAAUAGAGCGCGAGGGAGAUCGUGACAUGACCAGUGACCACGCGGUGCGGCUCGGCGACAACACAGACAUGCACAUCAGCGGCGACCCGCCGUACACCUGCGACCCCAGCCCCUUGAGGCACACACACGGCUAUAAUGGCGACAUGAAAGGGCGACACAUAAAUUCAGGAGAUGAAGACGACUUAGACAUUAGCACGCGCGGCACGUGGUCGUCGGGCGAGGCGUCGCCGGGGCUGUCGGACGAGGAGUGCGGCGGCGGCGGCGGCGCGGGCGAGGCGCCCGCCGCGCUGCUCGCGCGCCUGCGCACGCUCGGCCGCCGCGGGCUCGCCGCCGAGUACGACGACAUCCGCGCGCGCCCGCCGCACGGCACCUUCCACAACGCCAAAUUGCCGAGUAAUCUAGCCAAAAACCGCUACACGGACGUACUGUGCUACGACCAUUCGAGGGUGGUGCUCUCGCAGGUAGACCCCGACGACCCCACCACGGACUACAUCAACGCGAACUACGUAGACGGGUACAAGCAGAAGAACGCGUAUAUAUGUACACAGGGUCCAUUGCCAAAAACGUUUGGCGACUUCUGGCGCAUGGUGUGGGAGCAGGGCACGCUGGUGGUGGUGAUGACGACGCGCGUGAUGGAGCGCGGCCGCGUCAAGUGCGGGCAGUACUGGCCGCUCGGCGUCGGCGCACGCGCAGUGCACGGCGGGUUCGCAGUCACCACAGAGGCCAUCGACCAAGAAGAUGAUUUUACUAUUACACAUUUGUUGCUUACGGAUUUGAGGACGGAGGACUCGCGGCGCAUAUGGCACGGGCAGUACACGCGCUGGCCCGACUACGGCGUGCCGGGCGGGGCGGGCGGCGCGGGGGGCGGUGCGGGCGGCGGCGGGAGGGCGGGCGCGCGCGCGCUGCCCGUGCUGCGGUUCCUGGCGCUCGUGCGCCGCGCACAGCAACGCGCGCUCCACGAAUUGGGAGAUGCUUGGGCGGGCCACAGUAAAGGACCGCCAAUUGUCGUACAUUGUUCAGCGGGCAUAGGACGAACAGGCACGUUCCUGACGCUGGACAUCUGCGCGGCGCGGCUGGCGGCGGAGCGCGCGGUGGACGUGCGCGGCACGGUGGAGCGCAUCCGAGCGCAGCGCGCGCACUCCAUACAGAUGCCCGACCAGUACGUGUUCUGCCACCUGGCCAUCAUCGAGUACGCGGUGAUGCACGGCUACUUAGAAUCAGCCGACCUGUCCGGCUUCGACGACGAUAAUGAAGACGAGUCGGAAUGAAGACUAUCGCGUCCGUCCUGCAGCAUGCUGUGAGUGCUGCGAGUGUGGCGAGUGUGGCGAGUGGCGCGAGUGGCGCGAGUGGUACAAGUGGUCGCGCCGACGUGCCGCGGCGAGCCCCUGCCGCGAGUCCACCGGAAUGGCGCCCUCGUCCAAACGAAACGUUCAGCGCUUAGCCUAAGCAUAAAUACUACAUAAACAAAACGUUCCUGUAGCGUCGAUAAGAACUCAGGUAUUUGGAAGGAAACCUCGUGAAUUCAAGUAUUUAUUUGCAUAUUAAAAAUCUUUAAUAACCAAAAAAUAUUUCCAUAAUUAUUUAUAAUCUUAUAAUUUAUUUAUAUGUUCUAAGAAGUAUGGCUGUGUGAACAUUUCGCUUGUAAUUUAUGUAAAAUUAGUUAUGUUUUAUAUUUCAUUAUUCUCUUUGUGGAUGUUAAAGUUCGAUGUUCGACGGAAAUUAUCAAAUGUUGUUACACUAUAUAUAUAAUAUGUAUAUGUAUAGGUCGAGGUGCUUGAAUCAUUCAUAUCGCGUCUACGGUUUCAUCUCCAUUGUACCACGACAUUUCCACAAUGACGUGUAAAUACGAGUACAUUACAUUGUAUAAUCGACUGAAGGACUUGUCAUCUUAUAUCAUUUAUAUUAUUCACUAAGCGUUUAGGCGUCGUUACGAAUUACUAAUAAAUUU